GGAAGACACAGAUGACAUGAGUAUAAACGAAAAGAAGGAACCCUACCCCUUUACAUGCACACAAGCAAAGAUAAAAGGGCUACAGUAAUAACAACCAAAAGCCCCCUUCUUCAAGCUUCAACAAUUCCUCUCCUCCAUCAUUCACAUCACAGAGCACAACAAGAUCACACCGCAACACCUUCUGGUAGUCUUCACCAAGCGAUGAGAGUUCCCGUUCCCUCAUCCCCACAGGCUAACCCAAAACCAACUAAUAACCUACUCCGUACCAUUGCACUUCCCAACCUCAACACCACGGGCCUCUGCUACGAGCCCACCUCUGUCCUCGACCUCUGCCGAAGCCCAAGCCCGGGCUCCGAAAAGCCCACCGAUCACUCAGUUGUCGUCACGGACUCCCAAGAUUGUCUGGACCUGGACGACCAUGCGUUGCACAACUUGGAUUGGGACUCCAUCAUGAAGGACUUGGGCUUACACGACGACUCUGGUGCUCCCCUCUUGAAGACUAUUCCCCACCCCGACAACAACAAUAACAACCCAUGCGACGACUUCACAAUCGCACCCUUCGACCACGCCAUUGAAUUCUCCACUCUCUCCGACAUCUACUCCAACCAAAACCUUAGCUUCGAUUUUAACCACCUAGUUCACGACUUCAGCAACCAACAUCACAACAACGGCUUCGAUUUCAUCGAAGAGCUCAUCCGCGCCGCGGAUUGCUUCGACACCAAGCAGUUACACGUCGCACAGGUGAUAUUGGAGCGGCUCAAUCAACGGCUUCGAUCCCCCGUGGGAAAACCUCUCCAACGCGCAGCCUUUUACUUCAAAGAAGCUCUCCAGUCUCUUCUCUCCGGUUCGAACCGGACGCCCAGGAUUUCCUCGCUGGUGGAAAUCGUGCAUGGCAUCAGAACCUUCAAGGCCUUCUCCGGAAUCUCGCCGAUUCCAAUGUUCUCGAUAUUCACCACCAACCAGGUGGUUCUCGAUCACGCUGCGUGCUCCUUCAUGCACGUUAUCGACUUCGACAUCGGCCUUGGGAUCCAAUACGCUUCUCUCAUGAAGGAGAUAGCGGAGAAGGCCACGGAAUCGCCGCUUCUCCGAAUCACCGCCGUCGUUCCCGAAGAGUACGCCGUCGAGAGCACGCUGGUACGCGAAAACCUCGCGCAGUUCGCUCUCGAACUCAGGAUUGGCGUCCAGGUCGACUUCGUGCCACUCCGAACCUUCGAGACGCUCUCCUUUAAGGCAGUGAAGCUCGUCGACGGCGAGAGCACCACCGUGCUCCUUUCCCCAGUGAUUUUCCGCCACCUCGGAAAUGCUGCCGCGUUCUUGGCGGACUUGCGGCUGGUCUCUCCCAGCGUGGUGGUUUUGGUGGAUAGCGAGGGAUGGGCUGAUAUGGCCACAGCAGCAGCCUCGUCGUUCCGACGCGGCGUUGUGAGCAGUUUGGAGUACUACUCGAUGAUGUUGGAGUCGCUGGAUGUGUCGACGGCUGGGGGAGGAGGGGAAUGGGUGAGAAGAAUCGAGAUGAUACAUCUGCGACCGAAGAUUUUGGCGGCGGUGGAGAGUUCAUGGGGGCGGAUGCCACCGUGGAGGGAGACCUUUUACAGCGCCGGAAUGCGGCCGGUUCAUUUGAGCCAGUUUGUGGAUUUCCAAGCAGAGUGCUUGUUGGCCAAGUCGCAAAUCAGAGGCUUCCACGUGGAAAAACGUCAGAACGAACUUAUACUGUUCUGGCAUGACAGAGCCAUGGUUUCCUCGUCAGCUUGGCGGUUUUAGAAGACAGUAAAUUGCUGUUGCUGGAGAGGGAAUUAUGAAAUAUUAACCUACCACUAAUCAGUUGUACUGUUGCAAUAAUAUGGUUACUUAUUACAUUUGAAUUUUGAAGUGAUUGUGAUGGAAAAUGUAGGUAUCUUUGGCAAAAGGAAAAAGAGGGGAGGGAUGAACAUGUAUUUAUUCUGGACCAUUUUGUUAUCUUCUAAAGUUGGAGGGGGACGCUGUCUUUCUUUGUUGGGCUCUUGUUAUCCUAAUCAACUUUACUCAUUUUCCAAUCAAAGAGGCUUCUUUCUAUGCAA